GUUAAGCUUGCGGGACGCUUGUUGCCGCUAGUUAACAAGUGACUGCGGAGGUUAUAUCACAGAACAGAACACGCGGGAAUACGUUUUGCAAUGGCAACUCUUGACUUUUAUGGUGAACCAGGGAGUCCACCCUGCAGAACAGUUAAGAUGGUAGCUGCUGCCAUUGGUGUGAAACUUAACAGCAAGUUUGUAGACCUUGAUGCUAAAGAACAUCUGAAGCCUGAGUUUCUGAAAAUGAAUCCCCAACAUACUAUUCCUACAAUAGAUGACAAUGGUUUUUAUCUUUGGGAGAGCCGUGCUAUAGCUGCUUACUUAGUGGACCAGUAUGCCAAAGAUGAUUCCAUGUAUCCCAAGGAUGCUAAGAAGAGAGCUCUUGUGAAUCAGAGGCUUUUCUUCGAUCUUUCAACACUUUAUGGUUCCUUUGCUGAUUAUUAUUACCCAGUAUUGUUUUAUGGAGCACCAAAGUUUGAUCCAGAAAAGUUUAAGAAAAUAGAACAAGCCUAUGAUUUCCUAAAUACUUUCCUCGAAGGAAAGGAAUGGGUGGCUGGAAUGUCUAUGACUAUUGCUGAUUAUUCCAUGGUAUCUUCAGUUGGCGCAGCAGAAGCUGUUGGUUUUGACUACAAGAAAUAUUCUAAUGUUCUUGCCUGGUUUGAAAGAGCAAAGAAGGCAAUAAAGUCAUAUGAUGAGAUUUAUCAUCCAGAUGCCAUGGUGUUUAAGAAGUGGUAUGAUGAUGCAGGUGCUGGUGAUAAAAAAUAGUCUUAUGUAUUUCAAAUAGUCCUAGCCAUUUUGUCUUCAGACUAUCUCAUAGGACUUUCUCUUUGUAUUAGAAAAAAAGUUUAAUAUGUACAAAUAAAUCAGUUAAUUCAAA